UGUAUUUUUCUAUAAAAUUAUCAGUACAAAAAAGAACAAGACUUACAUUAUAUUGUUACAUGCGCAAAGAAAGAACUAAUCUUUUAUAAAGUAGUCAUGGAAAAGACGCCGAUUGAGACACAUCGAAAAACUUUAGACAUUGCAACAAUCGCGUUGAGAUUAUGUGGUUGUUGGGAUUAUCAGUCGACACAAUUUAGUCUACGAGUCGUAAAUUUUUUAAGUAGAAUAUUUAAUUGGCUUAUUGUUAUGACAAUCAUUACAACAAUGUCGGCUGAUGCAAUUAUCAAUUUUCGUGAUCUUGAAGCGGUUACAAAUGAUGCAGGAUUUUUGUUUCCUAUAAUUCUAAUUUUAAUGAAAACUAUGAGAUUACACUCUCAACAGAAACAAAUUAACCAACUGAUGACUGCAGUUCACAACCCUAUUGAAAAACUUCAGUAUUCUUCAGAUGUCGGAGUAUUAACCAUCAUACGAACUGCCAUUUCCUACCAAAAUUUCGACUUCUGCUUCUUUAGUAUCAUGUUAGGUUUAGUUUUCUGUAUAAUAUUCGCCAUAACAUCAGAUUCAGAACAACUUGCAUUACGAGGAUAUUAUUUUUGCAAUGAAACAGUAUCACCUGGCUAUGAGAUAGCGUUUUUUCUACAGUUAUACACGAUAUUCAUGUGUUGUUUAUGGGUCGUCAUCAUUGAUACAACAAUGCUCGGAUUAAUAAGAUGGAUAAAUUUACAAUUAUAUAUUAUUCGAUUCAACUACAAAAAUUGUAAUCACCAUAAAAUUGAUCGUGCUGAUUUUACAAUGACACGAGAAGCAUAUGAAGUUAUUAAAAAUUAUAAUUACUUUAAAGUAACUGAUGACCAAUCCAAAAUCCGUUUAUUUAUACCAUUCGACAUGAGUGAAGUCAACAUAAAAAUUGAUUCAUUCACAAUAAGAUUCAAACUAUGUAUAAAACAUUACCAAAAGCUUACAAAGAAUAUCAAUGAUUUUAAUGAAAUAUUCAGCUCUAUAUUAUUUAUACAAAUAUUUUUAGUCAUUUUUUUUACCUGUCUUUGUCUCUUUCAAGCUGUGUUGACUAUGAACCAAAAAGCUAAGUUCAUCAAAUAUAUUUUCUUACUUGGAGCAGAAUUAGUUCAUUUAUUUUAUUACUGUUUCUUUGGCAAUGAGUUGAUUAAUCAGGGUGAAGCUAUAAUGGACAGUAUAUGGGAUUCAGGUUGGAUCGAUAAUAUGUCACCUGAAGUUAAGGAUCUCAUGAUAAAUGCUCUACUUCAAACAACGAAACCAACAGUAAUAAAUGCUGGAUAUUUCUUUACUUUAUCUGUGAAAACAUUUCUAUCGAUUAUACAGAAAUCUUAUUCAUAUUUUGCAAUUCUCGUUACUAUGAUGAAUAGCAGCAAUUAAAUAAUGAUGGGAUAAAUCACAUUGUAGCUUCUGAUUUUCAAAAUAAUCUAAAAUAGGAUUGAUAAUAUUUUGU